UCCUCUGCCCCCGCCCCGCCUGCGCGGUGCGCGCUCUGCCUCCCGGCGCCCACUGGACCUUACGGGCCGUACUUGCCGGCCGGCUGUCGCUGCUCGGCUCCUGGCGUGCCUCAGUCUUUGUUCCUGCGGCCGCUUCGAUGUACCUCACCGCCGUUUCCUUCGCCACCGCAGCCGGCUUCUCGUCCUCAUCCAGGCAGCUGCUGCCCAGGCCGGCCAGGGUCGCCCCCCGCCGCCGCCUGGUGGUGCGGGCAGACGUCAAGGUCAUAUCUACCGGCGAGGCCUGCCGCCGCGGGCUCGCCGCCGGCAUCGACAAGCUCGCCGACGCCGUUGCGGUCACCCUCGGUCCGAAAGGGAGGAAUGUUGUUAUUGAUCAAGAUGAUGUCCCUAAAGUAAUUAACGAUGGCGUUACAAUUGCCAAGGCUAUAGAGCUCCCCAAUGCGCUUGAGCAUGCGGGUGCCUCACUACUUCAAGAGAUAGCAUCCAAGACAAAUAGUGCUGUUGGCGAUGGAACUACAACAGCUAUUGUUUUGGCUCGGGAAAUCAUCAAUCUUGGGUUGUUGGCAGUUGCCACUGGUGCUAAUCCAGUUGCCUUGAGAAGGGGUAUUGACAAAGCUGUUCAUGAGCUAAUCAAGAUCUUGAAGAGUAAAUGUAUUCCUGUGAGUACAAAGGAGGACAUAAAAGCUGUUGCUUCAAUAUCUUCUGGCAAUGAUGAAUAUGUUGGCAAUCUCAUUGCUGAUGCAUUGGAGAAGAUAGGUCCUGAUGGUAUAAUAAAAAUUGAGUCAUCAUCUUCGAUAUAUACUACAGUUGAGGUGCAGGAAGGAAUGAAGAUAGACAAGGGAUAUCUUUCUCCACAUUUCAUCACAAAUCAUGACAAGGCGAUUGUUGAAUUUGAAAAUGCAAGAGUGCUCUUAACUGAUCAGCGUGUGAACGAAGUCCAGGAGAUACUUCCUUUACUGGAGAAGACGACACAGUUGAGUGUCCCUUUAUUAAUUAUUGCUGAGGAUGUAUCACAUACAGUGUAUUCAACACUGGUUCUUAACAAACUGAAUGGAUUGCUAAAUGUUGCGGUUGUUAAAUGUCCUGGUUUGGGAGAUGAAAAGAAGGCUAUUCUCCAAGAUAUUGCUAUCAUGACAGGUGCAGAUUUCUUUGCUAGUGACCUUGGCUGGGGUCUUCACGGCAUUACUUCUGAUCAGCUAGGUAUGGCUCAGAAGAUCACCAUAACUAGUGAAUCAACGACUAUCAUUGCACAUCCUUCGAUGGGACCAGAGAUUGAGGCCAGAAUCAUGCAAUUGAAGAAAGAUGUUGAGGAGACAACGAGUUCCUAUCUAAAAGAAAGGUUCUCUGCAAGAAUUGCUAAACUCUCACGUGGUGUUGGAGUUAUUAAGGUUGGGGCAGCCACUGAAGCUGAACUUGAGGAUAGGAAGCUGAGAGUGGAGGAUGCAAAGAAUGCGACUUUUGCAGCCAUUGGUGAAGGCAUAACUCCUGGCGGUGGUGUGACAUAUGUUCAUUUAUCAAAGCAUAUUCCUAGUAUCAUGGAUCUCGUGGACGACCUGGAAGAGAAGAUAGGUGUAAAUAUAGUUGGGAAGGCACUUCUUGUACCUGCUAUGACGAUAGCUCGCAAUGCCGGGGCUGACGGUUCAGCUGUUGUAGAGAGACUUCUUGCGAGUGAGUGGCGAGUUGGGUACAACGCGAUGACUGAUAAGUUUGAAGACCUUGUUGCUGCUGGUGUGGUAGACCCAUGCAGGGUCGCCAGAUGUGUGCUUCAGAAUUCAGCCUCUAUCGCAGGACUAAUUCUUAUGACCCAAGCUAUGAUGUUUGACAAAAUAAAGAAGAAAAAGUCCCCCAUCCCGGAGAUUCCUGGCAUUCCACCGUUGCAGAUAAGCCAAAAGGCCAAGGUUUGAGCUGUGGCAUGUUAUGCUGUCAAUGAGUAAGGUUUCUGGAGGAUGCGAGAUCCUUUUGGCCCUGGUGUGGUCCAUUGGAUGAGUUGAGCGAGGAAUCAUCUAAAUCUGGCCCCUUGAAGAUGAGCAUGAGAUUGAGCCGCCGGUUGUGGUAUGGAUGGAAGAUUUGCCGAUGUAACUCGGAGGGAGUCGCAUUGGUUUCGACUGCCGCCAAAACCAUGUGUGUAGGACAGAGACCAGUAGACCACAUGUAGAUGUACAGUCAUCAUAUUUAGCGGUUGGUGCGAUAUCCUUUGCGAUGUCUGCAUCAUUUUGCAGUGGUGGAUGAGAAGGUAGCUAAGCAAUCAAUUUACGAAUCUUUAGCAAGUUGAGAAGGCAGAUUGAAGACGAUGACUUGCACUCAAUAGUACAUCUUUGAUGGUUGAAGAUAAUGACCUGUUGGCAGAUUGCAGAUACAAUGAAUCCGCUGCGAUGUCCGCAGGCACAAUCAGUUGUUAUCACUUGUGAGUUGUGA